UUUUUGUAAAGUAGUUCCUUGUCCCAAUUUGCACAGCAAAUAUAAACGGCUAUAUUUUGCUAUCACAAUAAUAAUAACAAUUCAAUUCCCUUAAAAGAAUUUAAAUUCGGUGCGUCGUUAGCGUAGGCGUAACGUCUCUCUGAGGAUUUCACAGUCCUUUUCUCCCAAAAAAAUCCUGUAACGUUACUCCCCACAAAACCCGCCUCCACGUGUACUUCUUUUUCCAAUAUUAUCCUCAACUAAACACGUUGCCACCCCUCCACGCGAGUUCCAGUCUCCCCCAUAAAAACCCGCGAGUACAAUCCUCUCAUUUCAAUUAAAAAAAACUAAUCUUUUAUUUUAUUUUUUUUCCCGUAUCCCCAAGCAGAAAAAAGCCUAGUAAGACCGUUAUACUCACAUCUCGCUACGGCAUCCCUCAACCCUCAAGGCUCACUCCCUUCUCUCUUUCUCGCUUUUUGUCUCACUCUCUCGUCGGCAAUGCUCAUUUUUCCGCUCUUCCCCUAAAUUCCGACUAUAAGGUCAAAAAGGGAAAAUCUGUUAAGCUCUGAAAAUUUUUAAUUAACUCCAAACUCUGGUUUUUCCUUUUUUAAAAUUUUUUUGAAGUGAAAAAUUUUUUUUGGGGGGGGGGGUAUGAUUAAUAGAUACGGUUAGGUUUGGGAGGAGAGUGAGAUUAAAGGAUCAGUCAGAUAAUAGAAUUGAAUUGUGUUAGUGCCCGCAAUGGUAGCUGCAUUGUCCUCGACGGUAAAGCACGGACGAGGGACACCACAUCAAAACCCGUCUCGGCCUCCGUUAUUGCCUUCAGACACCGACAAUGCCAUUGCUCCGCGCCAUCAAAAGUUCCGAGAAGUCUCUUCUCGUUAUUUGUCCACGUCGACAUCCUCCUCUAAUUCGUCCACGUCAUCAUCAUCUUCUUCUGCGGCUUCUGCUAAACGGUGUCCGUCGCCGUUGGUUUCGCGGACUUCUUCUCAUUCGACGGCUGUUACGACGCCAAAGCACGCGACUCCAUCGGUUAUCAAGCGGUCGCAAUCAGUAGAACGGAGACAGGCGGUUGUUACGCCGCGGCCUAAUAAUUCUAUGGAUUUGAGAAGUAGUAAUGGUAACAACAACGGCGAAUUAUCCGCUGUUCAGAAGUUGCUCUUCACUUCUACGAGAAGCUUAUCUGUUUCGUUUCAGGGAGAGUCGUUUUCCUAUCAGUUUAGCAAAGCUAAACCAACUCCAUCACAAAGCGCGGCAAGAAAAGGCACGCCGGAGAGGCGGAGGCCAACUGCGGCAAUAACGACUCCGGGGAGAGGAACAGAUCAAACUGAGAAUUCAAAGACGGAGCGGUGGCCGGCGAGGUUAAGGCAACCGAAUUCGGUGAGUAGAAGCAUGGAUUGCACCGACGAGAAGAAGAGAUUAAACGGAUCUGUUACUGGCAAUGUAGUUAGGUCAUUAAAAAAUUCCAUGAUUGAUGAUGGAGAUUUAACGGCCGUUACGGCCGUUGGAUCUGAGGCUCAAUGUGAUCCUGCGGCUUCUGAUACUGAAAGCGUUUCUUCUGGUAGUACUUCAGGAGCUCCAGAAAGUUCUUGUAACGAUAAAGGAGACGUUAAACGUGGGCCUCGGGGGAUAAAGGUCCCGGCCCGCUUCUGGCAAGAGACUAACAACCGGUUACGCCUGUCCGAUCCUGGCUCUCCGGUUUCUAAGAAAAAUACGGUUCACUUUAAGCUAAUUGCACCAGACAAGUUCGCAAUUGAUAGUCCUUUGUCGUCUCCGAAAGGUGUAGUGAACAGCAGAGCACAGCUAUCGCCAAUUCGUGGGCCGGUUCGGCCUGCAUCGCCUAGUAAGCUUGGGGCGUUCUCAACUUCGUCUCCUUUGAGGGGAAUGAGUCCCUCUAGAGUGAAGAAUGGAUUGAGUGGUAAUUUCAUAAAUACACCGUCGAUUUUGAGCUUUGCUGGUGAUGUUAUUAAGAUGGGUAAGAUCGGGGAGAAUAAGGUUUCGGAUGCUCAUUUAUUGAGGCUACUUCAUAACCGGUUGUUGCAGUGGCGUUUUGUUAAUGCUAGAGCAGAUGCUGCUCUGUCUUUCCAGAGGUCUAAUGCGGAGAAAAGCCUCUAUAAUGCAUGGACAACCACCUCAAAACUGCGAGAAUCUGUUAGAGCCAAAAGAACCGAGUUACAGUUGCUGAGGCAAAACUUGAAGCUGAUUUCCAUCCUCAAGGGGCAAAUGGUAUUUUUGGACGAAUGGGCUGCCCUGGACCAUGAUUAUUGCGGUUCUUUGUCUGGGGCUACUGAAGCUUUGAUGGCUAGCACGCUCCGCCUUCCAGUUGUUUGUGGGGCUAGGGUUGAUAUUCCAAAAUUGAAGGAUGCUAUUUGUUCAGCAGUUGACAUAAUGCAGGCAAUGGCAUCCUCCGUAUGCUCAUCGUUAUCAAAGGUUGAAAAAGUUAACUCUUUGGUGACAGAACUUGGAAAUUUAAGCGCAAAUGAGUUUGCUUUACUUGAUCAAUGCAAAGAACUUUUGUCAGCAAUUGCAGCCAUGCAGGUGAAGGAAUGUAGCCUGAGAACACACAUUUUACAACUAAAUCAUUUACCUUCCAGCUUGACACCAAAAUUGUAAAGCUCAGGUGAUUUUCACUGCCUUUUUCUGAUACUAACAUGACAUCAACCCCAUUUCCAUUUCAUCCGAAUAUAUUGUACUAAAGGUAAUAAGAAAGUUUUCAAUGAUGGAUUGAGUUUUACAAGCAUGAGAGUGAUAGUUUGGUCUUUUCUAUUGAUACGUGAAUUUAGCCUUUAUGUGUAAUUUGAUGGCUUGAAAGAAAUUAUUCUCAUUGUGAAGUUAGAUAGUUUUACAGGGUAUUCUUUGUUGUUUUUUCUAUAGGCCAAA